AUGCACAUCUACAUCACCGGAGGCAGCGGCCGCAACGGCUCCCUCGUCAUCGCCGAGGCCCUCCAGCGCGGGCACACCGUCACCGCGCUCGUCCGCAACCCCUCCUCCAUGCCCUCCCACGCCAAUCUCACCGUCCUCCAGGGCUCGCCCCUCAACCAGUCCGACGUCGAGCGCGCCCUCGCCACCCCCCUCCGCGCCUCCGCCGUCGUCAGCACCCUGAGCCUCGCCCGCACCGGCACCUCUCCCUUUUCGCCUCUGCGCGGCGACACGACGCCCGACUUCAUGUCGCGCGCCACCUCUGUCCUUCUAUCUGCGCUCUCCGCCGUCGUCUCCAACCCCCCAGCCUCGGCCCCAAAAAUCAUCAUCAACUCCACGCUCGGCGCGGGCGACUCCUGGGGAAACAUGGCCUGGCCGUUUCGCCUGCUGUUCAGCCAGACGCCGAUGCGCUUCGGCGUCGCGGACCAUAACCUCGUGGACGGGCUGGUGCGCGCCAGCGGACGGCGCUUCGUGCUGGCGCGCGCGGGGCGCCUGACGGAGCAGAAGAAGGAGGAGGACCCGGUGGCGGAUGUCAGGGUGCUGCCGGAUAAUGCAAAGGGUCUGGGUGUUGCGGAUGCGUUGACGAGGCAGAGCCUGGCGAGGUGGCUGUUGCGUGCCGCGGAGGAGGACACGUGGGAUGGCAAGGCGCCGGUGCUGGUCAACUGA